AUGAAGGUCUUUCAAACUCAAUUACUUAGAUCUGCGAGAUCGUCACGACUUUCACGACUUCCACAACUUCCACAACUUUUAAGAAUUCCCAAUUCACGUUCGGCUUGGGCCCCAGCAACCCCCGCUCUCUCGAAAGCAGAAAGAAAACAAUACUACGAAGAAUUAAACAUGGCUAAAGGACCAAAGUUUGAGUUAAAGACUCCCAAGGGGACGAAGGAUUGGCAAGGGAAGGAUAUGGUCAUUCGGGACAAAAUCUUUUCGACCAUCACAGAAGCCUUCAAGCGCCAUGGAGCAGUCACUAUCGACACCCCAGUUUUCGAGUUGAAGGAUAUUCUCGCAGGAAAAUAUGGCGAAGACAGCAAACUCAUCUACGACUUGGCUGACCAAGGUGGUGAGAUCUGCUCACUCAGAUAUGAUCUGACAGUACCAUUCGCAAGAUGGUUGGCCAUGAAUGGAAGCGUUCAAAGCAUCAAGAGAUAUCACAUUGCAAAGGUCUACAGACGAGAUCAGCCAGCAAUGACCAAAGGCCGUAUGAGAGAGUUCUACCAAUGCGAUUUUGAUAUCGCGGGUGUCUAUGAUCCUAUGUUGCCUGAUGCUGAAAUUAUCAGGGUUGCAACUGAAGUAUUUGAGGGUCUUGGCUGGAGGGGACGAUAUACCAUCAAACUCAACCACAGAAAAAUAUUAGACGGAAUCUUCGAAGUUUGUGGAGUUCCAGAGGACAAGAUUCGCACAAUCUCCUCAGCAGUUGAUAAGCUCGAUAAACUGCCAUGGGAAGAUGUGCGCAAGGAGAUGACAGAAGAAAAGGGUUUGGCAGAAGAUGUUGCAGACAGAAUUGGAGAGUAUGUCGUACAGAAGGGCCAGAAAGACCUCCUCAGCAAAUUACAAGCUGAUGAGAAGUUGAUGGCCAAUGCUUCUAUGAAGGCUGGCCUGGAAGAUAUGGAUCUCCUGUUCGGUUAUCUCGAGGCAUUCAAAUGUUUAGAGAAUGUUUCAUUCGAUUUGAGUUUAGCAAGAGGACUUGAUUAUUACACAGGAAUCAUUUAUGAGGUUGUUACAGAAGGGUCUGCACCUCUUGUGAGCACGUCUGCUGCCACUGCUGCCCCGCCAAAAUCUUCGAAGAAACCUAAGAAAGUGGCCGAUGCUGAUGAGGAUCGCUCAUCAGAUCCCAGCGUCGGUGUUGGAAGUGUCGCAGCUGGUGGACGUUACGACAACCUUGUUGGUAUGUUUGCUGGAAAAGGAAAGCAAAUUCCUUGCGUCGGUAUUUCGUUCGGUGUAGAUAGAAUUUUCUCUAUAACUAAAGCUAGAAUGGAGGAAGAGCAAACAGCAGAGCAAGUGCGUAAUAACGACGUAGACUGUUUCGUCAUGGCAUUUGGAGGAAAGGGUUUCACAGGGCUACUGAAAGAACGAAUGUCAAUUUGCUCCACUCUUUGGGAGGCUGGUAUCAAGGCGGAGUUCUUAUACAAAGUCAAACCAAAAUUGCCAAAUCAGUUUAAGGCUGCCGAAGUUAAUGGUGUACCUUUCAGCGUCAUCCUAGGUGAGGAUGAAAUUGCUCAAGGCAAAGUUAAGAUUAAGGAGAAUGGUCUAAGGGAUGGCCACCCGGAGAAGGACGGUGUUAUGGUCAAUCUUGAUGCACUAGUCUCUGAAGUCAAGCAACGAUUGAAGAGAAAGGCUGACAUCGAUAACAUGACACGAAAAGCUGAUGGUCUGAGGGUUGUUGGAGGCAUUAAAGAUGAUAAAGCUAAGAUUGAGGCAAUCCCUGCAGAAGCACCUACCUCUGAGGCAUCGGCAACGAAUCCUACAGAGUCUGCACCAUCAACAGAGGGUGCCGAGCCUGCCUCAGAGACUGAGAAGCCUGCAGAAGAAAGUCCGUUAUCUCAAGAAGCUAUAGGAGCUGUUCCUGCUUCUUAA